AUGGCAGCAAUGGAUACUGCUACCAGUACGGGAGCUCAGAAUAAUGCCGACCUACGUUUCCGGAAUGUCGCAGGAGCUGGAAACCCCCAGACCCGUGUUCUAAACGUGCCGGAGAUAGACGCGAAGAAGAGCAAGGCUGGCCAGUCGCCAUCAUUCUUGCAUGUCCUGGCCCGCUGGGAACCGAUCAUUGCCCCGAUUGUCCUAACGGCUCUUGCGCUCUUCACCCGACUCUACCGCAUCGGUCGCUCCAACAUUGUCACCUGGGAUGAAGCUCAUUUCGGAAAAUUCGGCUCCCAUUACUUAAAGCGCGAAUUCUACUUCGAUGUCCACCCACCCCUCGGAAAGAUGCUAGUUGGCCUUUCAGGCUACCUGGCUGGAUAUAACGGAUCCUUCGAAUUCAAAUCCGGCGAGAAAUACCCCGAAGAUGUCAACUUUACUUUUAUGCGAGCCUUCAAUGCUGCAUUCGGCAUCGUCUGUGUUCCCUUGGCCUACUAUACCGCUCGCGAGUUGAAUUUCCGUCGCGCCACCGUUUGGCUGAUCGCCCUCAUGGUCCUGUUCGAGAACUCAUAUGCGACCAUCUCCCGCUUCAUCCUCCUGGACUCGAUGCUGCUCUGCUUUACUUUUACAACCACGAUGUGCUGGGCGAAAUUCCAUCGCCUGCAACGCUCGAGUUUCUCUCUUGAGUGGUAUGCGUGGCUAUGCCUGACGGGCCUGAGUAUCGGCUGCGUUUGUAGCGUGAAGUGGGUUGGCUUCUUUUGCACUGCGAUUGUUGGUCUCUACACGAUCGAGGAUUUGUGGAAUAAAUUUGGUGAUUUGAAGAUCCCCCAAACUGUGCUCGCAAAGCAUCUUGUUGCUCGGGUGGGAGGCUUAAUCGUCAUUCCACUCCUUGUCUACAUGUUCUCUUUCUACCUCCACUUCCUCGUUCUCUCCAACAGCGGCCCCGGCGAUGCUCAAAUGAGUUCCUUGUUCCAGGCAAAUCUCCGCGGCACCGAAGUUGGCCGAGAUAGUCCUCUGGAAAUCGCACACGGUUCUCGAGUUACCCUCAAGAACAUGGGAUACGGUGGUGGUCUUCUGCAUUCACACGUCCAGACCUACCCGGAGGGCUCCAACCAACAACAGGUCACCUGCUAUCACCAUAAAGAUUCCAACAACGACUGGUUUAUCUACCCGAACCGGAACGAAGCGGAGUACGACGCUACCGCUGAUCUGAAGUUCAUUGGCGAUGGAGACCUGAUCCGCCUCAUCCAUGGACAGACUGGCCGGAAUCUGCACUCCCACGCAAUCCCCGCGCCUGUUUCGAAGUCUCACCACGAAGUUUCUUGCUAUGGAAACACCACCAUUGGAGAUGACAAGGACCACUGGCAGGUUGAAGUGGUGGAUGAUGUCGCGUCUAGGGACCGCUCUAAGAUCCGCACACUCACUACUGCUUUCCGCCUUCGUCAUCCUGCGCUGGGCUGUUAUCUACGCGCUGGCAAUGUGAACCUGCCUCAAUGGGGCUUCAAGCAAAUCGAAACAACUUGCGUCAAAGAGAACAAGCCUGGUGAUGUCUACACCCACUGGAAUGUGGAGUCACACACCAACGAGCGUUUACCCCCCGGUGACCCCGGUUCUUACAAGUCACCUUUCCUCAAGGACUUCAUUCACCUAAACGUCGCAAUGAUGACAUCGAACAACGCCCUAGUCCCCGACCCCGACAAGCAAGACGAUCUCGCCUCCAAAUUCUGGCAAUGGCCAAUUCUGAACGUCGGCCUCCGAAUGUGCUCCUGGGACGACAGUGUUGUGAAAUACUAUCUUCUCGGUAACCCCCCUCGUCUACUGGGGAAGUUCCGCCGAGGUUACCAGGAUCUGAGCCAAGCCGACAUCGACCUCAUCCACUACUCCGGUUUAUACCCUGCCAUUGGCUGGGUGCUACACUACCUGCCAUUUAUCAUCAUGGCCCGAGUGACCUACGUUCACCACUAUUAUCCGGCACUCUACUAUGCGAUUAUCUGCUUCGGAUUCUGCGUUGAUUGGGUUACCCGACGGAUGAAUGUCAAGAUCGCCGCUAUCGUGUAUACUGUUCUCUAUGUCGCCAUUGUUGGUCUCUUUGUCCACUUCCGCGCGAUUGUUUUCGGAAUGGAGGGCUCUAACUCACAGUGGGCCCACUUGCGUUGGCUCCCAGGCUGGAAAAUUUCGAACUGA